GUGAAUAACACUGAAGACCCUCAAGAGGCUUUAUAACGUCCCAUCCCCAUGUAAAGUAUGCUCAGAACUUUUCCAGUAGUCCUGCUGGAAACCAUGUCUCACUACACAGACGAACCAAGAUUUACCAUAGAGCAGAUAGACCUGCUUCAGCGCCUGAGACGUACAGGAAUGACCAGACAUGAAAUCCUCCACGCGCUGGAAACCUUGGAUCGUCUUGAUCAAGAGCAUAGUGACAAAUUUGGAAGAAGGUCUAGCUACGGAGGUGGUUCCUACAGCAACAGUACCAACAAUGUCCCAGCAUCUUCCUCUACAGCCACAGCUUCAACACAGACCCAGCAUUCUGGGAUGUCCCCAUCACCGAGCAACAGUUACGACACCUCCCCACAGCCUUGCACUACUAAUCAGAACGGGAGGGAGAGUAACGAGAGGUUGUCUGCAUUCAACGGGAAGAUGUCACCUACCCGCUACCCACUUGCAAACAGCUUGGCUCAAAGGUCAUACAGUUUUGAAGCUUCUGAAGAGGACUUGGACAUUGAUGACAAAGUGGAGGAACUGAUGAGGAGGGACAGCAGUGUGAUAAAGGAGGAAAUCAAAGCCUUCCUAGCCAAUCGGAGAAUUUCCCAAGCAGUUGUUGCACAGGUAACAGGUAUCAGUCAGAGCCGGAUCUCCCAUUGGCUGUUGCAGCAGGGGUCGGACCUGAGUGAGCAAAAGAAAAGGGCAUUUUACAGAUGGUACCAGCUUGAGAAGACAAAUCCUGGGGCUACGUUAAGCAUGAGACCCGCUCCUAUCCCAAUAGAAGAGCCAGAAUGGAGACAGACGCCUCCCCCAGUCACAGCUACCUCUGGGACCUUCAGACUACGGCGAGGCAGUCGGUUCACAUGGAGAAAGGAGUGCCUGGCUGUUAUGGAAAGUUACUUCAAUGAGAAUCAAUAUCCAGACGAGGCAAAGAGAGAAGAAAUUGCAAACGCCUGUAAUGCAGUUAUACAAAAGCCAGGAAAAAAGUUAUCGGAUUUGGAGCGAGUUACCUCCCUUAAAGUGUACAAUUGGUUUGCCAACAGAAGAAAGGAAAUCAAGAGAAGAGCCAAUAUCGAAGCAGCAAUCCUGGAGAGCCAUGGAAUAGAUGUACAGAGUCCGGGAGGUCAUUCCAACAGUGACGACGUUGAUGGCAAUGACUACUCAGAGCAGGACACUUGGCAAGUACGCAAUGGGGAGGAGGAGGGAAGAUGUUCAGAGGGAGGCAGAGAAGCAGAGAAGGUAGAAGAAGACAGGAGGAUCUGCUCCAAACAAGCAAGUUACACCAUUCACGCCACACGCAAUGAUGACAGCACUAGCCAUAGUGACCAUCAAGACCCCAUUUCAUUAGCCGUGGAAAUGGCAGCAGUAAACCACACCAUCUUGGCAUUGGCCCGGCAAGGAGCCAACGAGAUCAAGACAGAGGCUCUAGACGACGACUGAUACAAAGAAAGGGGAGGGUCAAAGCAAGAAAGUCACCCUGCGAUCACCUUGUCAUCUAGUAUCUAAGUGAUGAACUGUGUGUGCAUCUAAGAAAAUUACAUCUGCUGGCAUUGUGUGGAAAUGAUCUCCUGGCAUCCUGAUAAAAUGAUAUGUUGCUGCCGGUAAGAGGAAACAUUUCAAUGGAAACAGCACGGGAAGUGUUAGAGACGGGCAGGACUGUGUUACAUUAAAAAUAAAAAUGUAAAACCUAUGUAAAUUUUUGUAUCUAGAUAUAUAAAAAUUUGCAUAGCGUUUCCACAACAUUCCAUUUUUAUCUUCCCAGUUUACGUGGGAAUAGCUUAAAAAGGGGAAGACGGCUUAGUCUGAAGGAUGGGUUUCCCUUUUCUCCCCUCCACUUCUAAAGGUGGAGGGAAUGAAGAGAAGUUGCUAUUACUUGGCUUGUUCUCAUCCGUUCCUCAUGCUUAACUAUCAGAUAGCAUUGUGAACUCCUAAAAUUUGGCUCCUCAGCAGGUUUUUAGCCAGCCUAAACCCCUUCAAGGCGUAGGCUAACUAGAUCAUCUUUACAUCUGUUAAUCUUGUGAAAAUUGCUUAGGUAAGUGUGGAGGAGAUUUUGUGCUUUCAGAGGGCACAGAGUUGGCACCUCUUUGUCUCUGUAACUUUGAAGAUAUAUAGGUAGGGCUUGGCCUCGUCUUUCGUUUAUGGAUUUCAUUGGAAAAUUUAUGUGCUUUCCUUAGAUAUACAUCACUGAAGCAGAAUGAAGCUGUCUCUUUUCUGGUUUAUUGCAUUUCUCGAGUAGGCAAAUUCAUAAGUAGCAUCAGGGCAGACUCAGGAAAGAAAGGAAUUGGAUCAGCGACCAUUGCAGUUUUUUUUCUUAAUGUGUGUAUGAAUGUUUUGGUACUAAGGAGUGAAAGGACAGGGAGAGCUUUUAUUUCUAUUUUUGCACAGCAGAAUGAUCGAGCAAACUAUAGCCUUAGUGGAAUUUUACCUAGUUAUUCGUACUACAGUCACACACCAAGCUGUCAAGCAACAUCCACGAUUUAUAGUAAGGAGAUUUUAAUAAUCGAUGGCCUCUUUAUGUUGGGAUUGCCACCACCAUUUGUUCUGGCUGUUUCAUUUUAAAAAGAACAGACUCAAACUGUUG